AAUGUUAAACAGGUGUCUAAGAUGUGUCCGCCGGAAAUCGAGGUGGCCUGCCACAAUUCAACUGAGUCCAGUACCGUUUCCGGCCCAGCGGACGUUAUGACGCAAUUUGUUGCUGACUUGACAUCCAAGAGCAUUUUCGCGAAGGAGGUCGCUUGCUCCAACAUUGCCUAUCAUUCAAGAUACAUAGCCGAAGCAGGACCUGGACUCCUAAAGUACUUGAAGGAGGUUAUUAAAACACCGAAACUCCGAAGCGAGCGUUGGGUAUCAACAUCAGUACCACAGGAUAGAUGGGAAGAAGAACUUGCCAAGUAUUCUUCGGCCGAGUAUCACACUAACAAUCUACUGAGCCCGGUACUCUUCGAGGAGACGUCGCGACUGAUCCCUAAGAACGCGGUGCUGGUGGAGGUGGCCCCGCACGGCCUGCUGCAAGCGAUCCUCAAGCGGGCAAUGCCGUCAUGUGCAAAUGUACCACUCACUCGACGAGGGCAUGCCGACAAUACGAGAUUCUUACUUGAGGCCAUUGGACAAUUGUUCAUGGAGGGUUACUACCCUGAUAUUCGUCAGUUGUACCCGAAGGUAGAAUUUCCUGUCUCUACUGGGACACCUCAUUUAUCUCAUUUGGUCGAAUGGGCUCAUCAAGAAAAAUGGAAGUUCCCGACAUAUGCUAGUCCAGAAAGAGUUACAUCUUCUACAUGCGUUUUUAAGAUAUCUCUCCACGACGCCGAACAUCUUUACUUACAUGGCCACCGAAUUGAAGGAAAAACUUUGUUCCCGUUUGCCUCCGCGCUAGUCUGCGCCUGGGACACACUGGCCAUGGUUGCGCGCGCGCCGCUCCGCGCGUCAUCCGUGCGGUUUCGUGACGUCAUGCUUCACGCGCAGCCUAUGUUGCACGACUCGCGUCUGCUGCGGCUCACUGUCGCCCUGCAUCGGGGGUCUGGGCACUUUGAGAUCGAAGAUGGAAUUACAAAAGUGGCUUCGGGUUAUGUACUUCUGGAAGAAGUCAAAGGAGAGAGCGCUAAAACGAAUAAUUCUGAAGAUUCUGUAGAAGAAAUUGUAAUAGGACAGGAUGAAAUAUACAACAUUCUCAAUGAGAGAGGUUACAUGUAUCAGGGCGAAUUUCGUGGGAUACGUGAAGUAAAUUCUUCAUUGACUGCGGGCUGCGUACCAUGGCACGGCCGCUGGGAGACGUUCCUGGACUCACUACUGCAGCUCAACGCUCUGCGACAACCACACGACCACAUCUCACAACCAGUUUUCAUCAGAGAAAUCACUAUCAAUACAGACAUACACGCUAAAUCUGUUGAACUGGAUACAGAUUUGAAGGUUGAAGUGAGCACAGUCCAUGAUUAUACCAGAUGUGGCGGAGUUACAUUGAAUGACAUAAACUUCCGUAAUAUUGUAAAAUCUGACCAAGAUCCUCUGGUUUUCGAUACAUCAAAAUUUGACCCAUAUCAAGUCAAAUUCGUUGUAAAUGGAGAAAACGGUGAAAGGUCCAGAAAUGGAAAAGUAUUGAGGAGCAGUGUAGUUGGAGACUUGGAAUCCUUAAACUGGGUUGAGGCCCCUGCUUUAGAAGACCCUGGCAUCCCGGUUAAGGUACACUUCGCGGGUCUGAAUGCUUCUGAUAUACUAAAAGUUAAAGAACCGUUUGUAGAUCAACAUGAAUCAAGUAACGGUGUUUAUGGAAUGGAUUUCAGUGGAAUUACUGAAGAUGGAACGCGUGUAAUGGGCUUGACUCGCGGCGCUGCGUGCGAACAUGUGCGUGCGAUGCCCCAGCUUUUGUGGCCGGUUCCAGCACACUGGAGCCUCGAGGACGCCGCCACAGUGCCCUUCGCUUAUGCGCACGCACUCUACUGCCUUACCAUAAAAACGAGUCUACGCCGGGGCAUGACAGUGUUAGUGAGCGGCGGCGCGGGCGCAACAGGACAAGCCAUUAUAGCACUGGCGUUGCAUUGCGAGUGCCGCGUCUUCGUCGUUGUCAGCGACGUCUUCAAGAAGAACUUCUUAAUGAAAAUGUUCCCUAAACUGAAUGCUGACGACAUAAUUUGCUGCCGAGAUGACACAUUCCUGACCCGCGUGUUGCCUGCGACCAACGGGCUUGGCUGCGAUAUUGUUGUAUGCAGUAGAGGGCAAUACAAGGAUGCCUACAUACAGUGUUGUGGGCCCUCAGGGCUAACGUUGGACAUUCAUCAAGUGAAGAGGAACGAAAACUUCCGCUUCAAAAUGUACUCGUUGACGAAUGAUAGAUGUUAUAUCUGCGUGGAUUUUUCUUCACUGUUUAUACGUAAUGAUAUCGAAACAUUCCAGAAGCUGCAACGGUUAGUAGCAGAAGGCAUCAGCGCCGGUUGGGUACAGCCGCUGUCACGGGUGUCGUACGCCCCGCAAGACGCCACACGCGCGUUCCGCACGCUCGCCCGCGGCGCGCAUCUCGGCCGCGUGCUGUUGCGCGUGCAUGACGCGACAUCUCGUGCAGAGACGGGUCUCGUAUGCUCUGGAACGCGCUGCCAGCUUAUGGUGGGUGACUCGCCGCUUGUAACACGACUCGCCGGGCAUUUAGUGCGACGCGGCGCGCGGAACCUGCACCUUCAGCUCAAUGACACUGAGCGCCUUGCCAGACAUUUGAAAGAGUGGCAGAAAUGGGGCGUAAGUAUAAAAACGUCCUCCGAAAACCUCACUCAUGCAGAGUGCGCAUCAAAUCUGUUGAAGCAAAGCUUAAGUCUGGGUCCAGUUGAGGGUGUUUUUGUAGUCAUUGCUGAACAAGUAAAUGAUCAGACGCGAGAAAUCUACAAAACUCUGCUGGAUAAUUUGGACGCGCAGACAAGGAAAAUGUCAUCUAUCAAGUACUUUGUAGUAGUUGGCAUCAAUAACACUCUAGGAGAGAAGGUUUGUCUUUCAAGAGCAGCAGAUGGGUUCCCAGCAAUGAUGCUUUCCAUAUCGAUAGACACAAAGGUUGACGGUAGUUUACCAUCCAGUUACGGUGAUAUUGUUAAUGCAACUGAGCGGGCACUCCAAACUAAGCAGCCUGUCAUUUAUGCUCAGUACCCUUCUGUUUGUGAAGAAUCUCUAACACAACAAAUAGAAAAAAUAAUUGAUAUCAAUAUAACAGGACAUGAUGAUAGCAAAACUUUACAAGAUUUGGGUAUAACCAAGGACCAAGCUCAAAAACUUUGGGUAUAUUUAAGAGAUAAGCAAAACAUUAACAUCCCUGAAGACGAUAUUGCAUUACUUAGUGUAGAAAGAAUACGGGAAAUGGAGGGAACGUUAAAAGAGACAAAUGCACCGGUUGAAGGUCUAACUGCUUUUAUUCCUUUCAUUGAUACUGAUGAACUCACUGCUACGAUUAACGUCGUGGUGAUGCCUACACUCACACAAGGCUAUGAUAUGAGAGACGAUGAGUUCGACGCAUCCGAGGCCUGCCUGUACAUUGUCCCAGGACUACAAGGCCUGCAUCAGCGGUACCACGCACUGUGCGAGCGACUGAAGCUGGCAGCUGUCGUGUUGCAGCCCGGGUUGGACCAACCCGACGAGUCGCUGGAAGACAUGACGAAGAGAUAUACAUCGAUGAUCCUGAAGAAAAAAGGCGAAAACAAGAAGUUUUACCUGUUGGGUCACGAAUUGGGAGUACUCUCCGUUUUUGAAAUCGCUGCAGCAUUAGAAGAUCAAGGCAUGACGGGCACGGUGUUCUGCCUGGGCGGUGGGCCGGAGGAGUUCGUGGCCGAGCUGGAGCAGCAGCUGCUCGUGGCGUGCGCAGGCGAUGACUCGGAGUCAGCGCUUCAGGAGGCGGUGGCGAGGCAUAUGUGUGCGCUCAUGGGGUAUUCGUCACCGCAGCUUGACGCUGCGUUACGCGACGCCCCGACAUGGCCGCAGAAGGUGAAGGAGAGCGUAAGCGCUCUGCGCGGACGCGUGCCUCACUCGAUGCAGUACGCGCGCUUGCUGAUAGAAGCAGCUUACGCGCGCGUAAUGAAAGCCAGGCAUCACACGAGGCCCGAGCCGCACGUGCUUCAAUCGCGAGUGGUCAUCCUGCGCUCCCCCGCGCCCUCCUACCUCGACCCCCUCGAGCUCCAGCGUUACACGCGCGAGCCCCUCGCCGUGCACGACCUGCGCGCCCCGCUCGCGCUCGCCGCCGACGACCUCCGCUCCGCCGCCAUCAUAAACCAAUAUCUUGACGAGGAAACAAGGCAAUCCUUUGCUAAAAAGACUCUCUGUUCUACCUAUCUGAUGAGUUCAGAAUCUUAUUUCAAAACAAAUGACUAAUUGUUACUGUUUUCUCUAAGAAAUGGUUUUGUAAGUUUGUUACAGUUUGGUAAAAUACAGUUUGAUAAGAUGCAA